GGGCUUGAGCAAGAACUGCAUGUUGGACACCCCGUUCAUGGAUCAAUUUUAAUCCAUGGUUUCCGCUCAUGGAAGCCCAAUAGCUCUACUCUCCACAUCGAGAACAAUCAUCAGCCCACCCCCAUGACCACCACUCCCACCGCCACCACUACCGUUACUCUCUCUCUUUGAUAAAUCUUCUUUCUCCUACAUUCCGGUAUCUGUACUUCCCAAAACUGGCAACAAUAUACUACGCUACUUCCUCUUCUACACACAUGCCAAGAUAUAUUUACUUUUUCUCCAGCAAUUGUAGUUCUUGACUUUCUUUGUUUAAAUUUUUUAUUAAAUCCAGUUGCUGACUCCACUCUGCUUAGCAUUGACAUCACCAGGCGGCGGGAGAUUAACGAUUAGGGUUUGAUUUUCUAGUGUUUGAUAUUCGUUAAUCCAACGGGUCAGAACGUUUGUCUAAAGAAUGAUAGCAGCUAUUUCUUGGGUGCCCAAAGGGGUCUCAAAGUCUGUUCCAGCUGUGGCUGAGCCUCCUUCAAAAGAGGAGAUUGAAGAGAUAUUGAAGAGCGGUGAUUUUGAAGAACUUAGGGAUAAUGAGAGUGAGGAUGAUGACGAGUCUAUGAAUGUUGAUGCUGCCAAGCAGGUUGAUGAAGUUGCCCAUGCUUUAGCAGCAGCAGAUGCACUUGGAAAGGCUUCCAAGAAUACAACUAAUGAGACGAACUUCGAGAACAUAACUGAUGGUUUGCGAGAACUAGACAUGGAACAUUAUGAUGAAGAGGAUGAUGGCAUCGAGCUGUUCAACGCGGGGCUUGGGGAUACUUACUACCCUAGUAAUGACAUGGACCCAUAUUUGAAGGAUAAGGAUGAUGAUGACUCGGAAGAACUCGAGGACAUGACCAUAAAAGCUGAGGAUGCUGUCAUAGUUUGUGCACGGAAUGAGGAUGAUGUCAGUCAUCUCGAGGUUUGGAUUUAUGAGGACGCUGAUGGUGAUUCAAAUAUGUAUGUUCACCAUGAUAUCAUCAUUCCAGCAUUUCCCUUAUGCACAGCAUGGCUUGAUUGCCCACUUAAAGGCGGAGAAAAAGGGAACUUCAUAGCUGUAGGCUCAAUGGAUCCAGGCAUCGAAAUUUGGGACCUUGACAUUAUGGAUGAAGUCCAGCCAUCUCUGGUAUUAGGUGGCAUUGCUGAGAAGAAGAAAAAAGGGAAGAAGAAAUCUAUCAAAUACAAAAAAGAUAGUCAUACCGAUUCAGUGCUUGGUCUUGCUUGGAACAAGGAGUACAGGAACAUACUUGCCAGUGCUAGUGCUGACAAACUAGUCAAGAUUUGGGAUGUGUCAACUGGAAUUUGUAAUAUCACCAUGGAGCAUCACUCGGACAAGGUUCAAGCAGUUGCAUGGAAUCAUCAUGCGCCACAAGUUCUUCUUAGUGGAUCUUUCGAUCAUUCAGUAGUCAUGAAGGAUGGAAGGAUACCUUCGCACGCUGGAUUUAAGUGGUCUGUUGCAGCUGAUGUUGAAUGCUUGGCAUGGGAUCCACACACUGAGUAUUCAUUUGUGGUCAGUCUUGAAAAUGGUACGGUUAAUGGUUUUGAUAUCCGAGCUGCUAAGUCUGAUCCAUUAUCUGAGUUGAAGCCAAGUUUCACUCUGCAUGCACAUGACAAAGCAGUUUCUACGGUCUCUUAUAACAUAUUGGCACCAAAUCUUCUUGCAACCGGAUCCUCUGAUAAAACGGUGAAACUCUGGGAUUUGUCAAACAACCAGCCUUCAUGUAUUGCAUCUAGGAAUCCUAAAGCUGGAGCUGUAUUUUCCAUUUCUUUCGCAGAGGAUAAUCCUUUUUUGCUGGCUAUAGGAGGUUCGAAAGGAAAAUUGGAUGUAUGGGAUACAUUAUCAGAUGCUGGGGUUUCCCGAAGAUAUGGGAAGUAUCGCAAUCAGAACAGAACUUUACCAGUGUCUUAAUGUAAAUUAAAAAAAGAAAAGAAAAUUAUUCUGUUUUGGAUUUUGACAUGGAAAGAGUACGAAUGUGCGUGAGCAAUUGCCGUAUUUAUUUUUAUUUUUUUUUCUUGCGUUGUGGAGGCUGGAGUAAUAUAGGUUUUUUGUUGCAUACACCUGAGAACAAUGAAAAGUGGAGGAAAAUGGAAUAUAUGGACGGAAAAGGAAUGGUCUGGAAGACCUUGUAUGAGUGCUGUAAUUUUCUGGCCUUCACUAAGCUACGAAAAGUUUGCAAAAUCCCCAUGUACAAGCUCAAUUGGCUUUUGGGAGUUUCCAUUAAAAAUUAUUAUGAGAACUACUGUUGUUAUUUUUA